AUGGCCCAGAAUCAGCAGGAACCAGAAAUCCGUCAACAGUCGAACGACAACAAACCCACCUCAGCCCACAGGAAAGUAAACCUCCGCCGCAUCCUCAGCUAUGCCUCACCCACCCAACGCCGCAUGCUCGCCAUAACAUCCCUAAUCUCCGCCCUCAACGGCGCUCUCCUCCCCCUCAUGAACGUCGUCUUCGGCCGGAUCGUAAACCGCUUCAACCAAUACUUCGCCGCCAACUCACACGUCUCCGAACACUCCUUCCGCCACGAGAUCAACAAGUUAACGCUCUACAUCGUCUACCUCUUCAUCGGAAAACUGUGCAUGAGUUUCGUCAGCAAAUACGUCUUCCGACACGUCGGCGUCACAAUCUGCGCUUCCCUCCGAAAAGCGUAUUUCGGCGCGCUCUUCACGCAGCCCGUUCGGACGAUCGACGAGCUGAAACCCGGAUCUGCCACGUAUGCGUUGACGACGGUGGUGACGUCGUUACAGAAUGCGAUUGCGGACAAGUUGGAAAUUCUGGUGGAUUCGCUGGGGUUGAUUUUCGCGGCGUAUGCGGUUGCGUUUUGGCAUUCGUGGGCGUUGACGCUGGCUUCGACGUCGUUGACGUUGUUGACGCUGGUGUGUUAUGGGUUGAUUGGGCCUGCGGUGAGUAAUCUGGAUCGUGCGGUGAUUGAGUAUGAUUCGGGUGCGGUGUCGGAGGCGUCGACUGCGCUGCGAUUUAUUCGGGUGGUCAAGUCGUUGGGAGCGGAAGAGGCGAUGGCGGGGCGGCACGAGGUCUUGAAUACGAAGGCCUGGAAGGCGGGAUUGAAGAAGUCGCCGUACGUAGGGGCGUUGUUUGGACUGUACUUCUUCUGUGCGUAUGGGAACGUGGCGUUGACGUUUUGGCUGGGAUGGAAGCUCUACAACUCGGGCACCGGGGGCAUUGGGAGCAUUGGAGAUAUUGUAACGGUGCUUUUCUCCCUCGUUGCCAUCAUGCCUGCCGUAGGUGGCCUCGCUCCAGUCAGCAUCAGCAUCAAUCGUGCGGUCACGGGUUCGGAAAUGUUGUUCGAACUGGUCGAUGCGGAGCGUCAACAACCGGGAGGUUUGCGAACGCCAGACGUGCAGGUCAACUCGGAUAUUCGGUUCAGCGACGUCUGCUUUGCUUAUCCCAGUCGAUCACAAGUGCCCGUCUUGCGAGAUGCCACCUUUACGAUACCAUGUGGCAAGACGACGGCAAUUCUCGGCCCAUCAGGAUGCGGCAAGAGCACCAUUGUGGCGCUUCUCGAACGGUGGUAUGACUUGUCGGAUUCGAAUGCUUCUAUUAACUCUGGAGCGAUCUACGUGGGCCGACACAAUGUGGAAGAAUUGGAUCGGCAGUGGUGGCGAGGACAGGUCGGCCUGGUAGAGCAAGAAAGCGUCGUAUUCGACGAAACGAUCUACGAGAACGUCGCUCGGGGCUUGGUGGCACGCUCACAACAUCAAGACGCCGAUGAGUCGACGAAAAGAAGGCUGGUGGAGCAGGCGUGCAAGGAUGCGUACGCACACGACUUCAUCAUGGGGCAGGCCAAAGGCUACGACACGGUCAUCGGUGAAGGUGGCAUCAAGCUCUCUGGUGGCCAGCGUCAACGGCUCGCGAUUGCGCGUUGUAUCGUGAAGGAUCCUGCGCUGCUGAUUUUCGACGAAGCUACGAGCUCUAUUGACGUGCAUUCGGAACGUGUGAUUGCGCGGGCGAUUGAAACGCUGGCGCAAAAUCGAACAACCAUCAUCGUCACGCAUCGCCUGUCGACGGUGCAAAAGGCUGACAUGAUUGUGGUGCUGGAGAAAGGCACGGUGGUCGAGCAUGGAUUGCGCGUGGAGCUCGCCGAGAAAGAAGGGAGCAAGUACGCGGAGAUGGUGGCGGCGCAACGAUUACGACUGGGCGACGACGAGGACGAUGAUAUAGAGCGGGACUCUUCUGGCGACGGUGACCAAGAAAAAGACUCCGCUGCGCGUGGUCCUGACGAGAAGGAUGGCGGCGGCGUGGCGGAAACGCAGGAGGUCGAUGGUGCAGACUGCGAAACGGCCCCAAAGGGGAGCAGAGGCGGCGCAAUGCACGGCUAUCUGAGGACCAUCACCCGACUGCUGUACGCCGUUCAUGGCCGCCGCCUGUCGUACCUGUUCGUGCUCGUCGGAGCGGUGGGGGCGGGCGGAGCGGUGGCAGUGCAAUCGGUGGUGGUGGCCAACUUCAUCGUCAGCUUCCAAGGCACGGAGCAUCAUCACGUAGGGACAGGAGGGCAGAAGUGGGCGUUGAUCGCGCUGAUAAUGAUGCUUUGCGUGACCGCGUGCUAUACGGCGCUGGGAUUCGGGUCCAACACGCUGUCCAUCAACGUAUCGUCGUCGUAUCGCCAGACGUACUUGGAGGCGAUGCUGCGGCAGCCGGUGCGCUGGUUCGACGGCGAGGAUGUGUCGUCGGACAACCUCACGUCACGCCUCAGCAACGACCCUCAACAGAUGCAGGAGGUUUCUGGACCCAACAUGGUGCUCCCGCUCGUCGGCCUCUUCACGAUCAUCUCAUGUAUCGCCGUCGGUCUAGGUGUGGGCUGGAAACUCACGCUCGUCACCGCCGUCGCCGCACUGCCCAUCAUUCUCAUCGCCUCGCUGACGCGGAGUAUGUACGAGAAGCACUUCGAGGCCUUCACCUCCCGCGUCUUCAUCGAAUCGGCCCAGCACGCCGCCGAGAAUAUCCGCGGCUUUCGCACCGUGCUGGCUCUGACGCUCGAAAGGUCUGCUAUCGAUCAAUACGGCCAACUGCUGCGUGAGCAUGUCAGCACCGCCCUGAGCCGUGCCCGUCUUGUAGCUCUGGUCUUCGCGCUCGGCAACAGUCUUGAGUUUUGCUGUAUCGCUCUCACCUUCUGGUACGGCGGCACUCUCCUCGCAACACAUGAAUACUCCGUCCUGCAAUUCAUGAUCAUCUACGCCGCCGUCGUCCAGGGUGGUCAGAUGGCCGGAAUCUUCCUAUCCUACGGUCCCAACUUUUCCCAGGCCGCGCCAGCAUUGAACCGCCUUGUCGCAAUGUGCCUGGUCCAACAGCCUGAUGAGUCGCCAGCGAUGUCGUCGACACCACUUUCCGACCGCCUGUCUUCCACCGACUCCGCCAUCCGCGUCGAAAUCCGGAACCUGAGCUUCACCUACCCAUCACAAAGCGAACCAGUCCUGCACAACCUCAACCUCUCCAUCGCCGCAGGCAGCUACGUAGCAAUCGUCGGCCCAUCGGGCUGCGGCAAAACCACCAUCCUCUCCUUACUCCAACGCUUCUACCCACCUUCCAACGGAGAAAUCCUCUUAGACAACAUCCCUCUCCACGAAAUCCCCAACGCCCAAUACCGCUCCUUAUGCGCUCUCGUCAGCCAAGAGCCCGCUCUAUUCCAUGGAACAGUACGAGAAAAUCUAACCCUGGGACUCCCCAACGCAGCGACAACAACAACAGAAAUGCUAGAAUCCGCCUGCCGCGCAGCAGAAGUCCACGACUUCAUCUCCACCUUACCCUCCGGCUACGACACCGAGCUCUCAGCCGCGAUGCACGCCAGCAUGUCAGGAGGUCAGAAACAACGAGUCUGCAUCGCCCGUGCACUGCUCCGUCGGCCGCGUUUGUUAUUACUCGACGAGGCGACAAGUAGUCUAGACAGUGAGAACGAGCGCGCUAUUCAGCGCUCCAUUGAGCGAAUGGCUGGGACGGGGAAGCUUACGAUUGUGGCUGUGGCGCAUCGUUUGGCUACUGUGCAGAAGGCGGAUCGGAUUAUUGUUAUGGCGACUGGGGGGCAAGUUGUGGAGGAGGGGACGCAUGCGAGGCUUCUUGCGAGGAGGGGAGUGUAUUGGGAGAUGUGUGUGGCUCAGGCGUUGUUGUGA